GUGACUGUUACUGUACCUGGUAUCAUGUGCGUGUUAUUGGCAUUAAUACUACACUGUAUCAUACUGUCGACAGUUUUGUUUAGAUGUUUACACUCUUGCGCUAUUUUAAGGUAUGGCGUCUGAAAUGUCCUACGAAGGGAGAUGUGCUACAGACGUGUGCACAGCCUUCCAUAGACACAUGAAUUAAUCACUUAUUAUUGUGACAUGGAUUAAACGUCUGGGUUGUCCCCUAUGCUACCUUCUACAUUUCUCACAAAAAACGUCAAGAAGUGGGAGAAAAAUCAAUAAUCACUGCGUGCAUGUUAACAGAAAUCUGAAGCAGUGGAACAUGGUGGGCUAUGACCCCGGGGCUCAGGGUGCACCCCUCUCCCCAGAGGAGGCAGCCCUGGCUGGGUCAGCUGCUGGGAUGGUCACCCGAGCCCUCAUCAGCCCCCUGGACGUGCUCAAAAUAAGAUUUCAGCUUCAGAUUGAACCUCUGUCUUCACAGAGGCCGGAGGGGAAGUAUUGGGGGUUAUUUCAGGCCUCCCGCUGCAUUCAUUCAGAGGAGGGGCUCUCUGCUUUCUGGAAAGGCCACAUCCCUGCACAGCUUCUCUCCAUCUGCUUUGGGGCCGUCCAGUUUGCCAGUUUUGAGUUGCUGACUGAGGUGGUCCACGAGACGACGCCGUACGACAGCCAGACAGCGGGAGUUCACUUUGUGUGUGGCGGUUUGGCUGCCUGCUCUGCCACAGUGGUCUGCCAGCCUCUGGACACACUGCGGACACGCUUUGCAGCUCAGGGAGAGCCCAAGGUGUACAGCAGCCUGCGGCAGGCUGUGUCAACAAUGUGCCGCUCAGAGGGAGUGCUGACAUUUUACCGUGGCCUGUCUCCAACACUGGUGGCAGUGUUUCCCUACGCCGGGCUGCAGUUCUUCACCUACAACAUCUUUAAAAACCUGCUGGCUCCGCCAACCACAGCUGGAAGCUCAGGAGGAAACCUGAGGAGCUUAGUUUGUGGCAGUGGAGCGGGAAUGAUCAGCAAAGCAAUCACAUACCCCUUCGACCUCUUCAAGAAGAGACUGCAGGUGGGGGGCUUUGAGGCAGCAAGAGCUCACUUUGGACAGGUGCGGUGUUAUAGAGGCCUGCUGGACUGUGCGGUUCAAAUAGCCAAAGAGGAGGGCGUCCGAGGCUUCUUCAAAGGCCUCUCGCCCAGCCUUGUGAAAGCUGCAUUGUCAACAGGCUUCACCUUUUUUUGGUAUGAAUUCUUCCUGAAUGCCAUACAUAACGUCAAGGAGGGACGGAGAGCAAAUGGCCUCACCAAAGACCUCGGGGAAAGAUAAUGAAGGGACAAAAAAAAAAAAAAAGUAAUGAUCACGCACAUCAGAAACAGACUCUCGCCUUGUUCGUUGCUUACACUUGACAUAUUUAUCAACUGGGUCGAUGAUCGGUGGUGGUUUAUGUCGUUUACGUUUUAAAAGUUAGGGAAAACAUAACCUCAUUUUUGUAUUUGUCUCACCUUGUGUUGUAUGUUGUGAGCAUUGGUUAAAAAAAUGUAUUUCAUGUUUUAGAGUGGCUUUCAAAGGGUUACUGAUGUUUGUUUUUAAAAGAUGUGAGUCAUAACAUUUUGUGUUCAAACUGAACUUUGCACAUUUUAAGUUCUGACUUUUAUUAACAAAUCAUAACUUUUGCCAAUGUUGAUUCAUAUCUCAGUCAAUUACAUCGAAAGAGGAUUGUUCAGCAAAAUGUCCUUUUAUUGUGUGGUUGUAUGUGUGAAGACAAAGAACAUGUACAGUGUGGUAUUUAAUUUAUUAUAUACUGUGGUGCAAAAUAUCAUCCGUUUGACUAUCAGCCAAACAAACGGCUAAUUGAGAGUUCAGUUUUUCCUGCUGAGUGAAACUCUUAAGUGGCUCAGGUUGCUCCUACGUGUCUGUCCAACACUGAAACUUUAAGAUCAUUGUUUUAAAAUAAAAUAUAACUUUUUAAACACUGA